GUUUUUGUUCUUGUUUGGUAUCAAAAGAAAAAAGAAAUAAAGUCUUGGUAUGAUGCUUGAUUGAUUAACAUCUAAAGGGAGGCUUAAUUGCCUAUCCUUCCCUGUUAUAUAUCCUGCUUUGGUCUGUAUGUCCCCUUGUACUCUGUUGUUUUCUUUUCUUAUAUGUAAUGUUUUGUCUUCUCUAAAGUUGUUGGAUUGUUCCACUUAUAUAAAUGUUAUGGAGAUAAUAAAGAACAACUCCAUGAUUACUUUAUUUAUUUCUUUGUGAGUAAUUGUAAACCCCUUCUUAUCCCUCUCUUUAGUGUUAUAAAGGGGAAGCCAAAACCCAAGAAGCAAACUGAACUUUCACCUUGGGUGGCCAGAGUGUCAGAAAAGAUGAGUACCUCCAUGUCUGAAGAGGAAGAAGCAUUUGGUUACGCCUGGUGUCUACGUUCGUCCCACAUGUUCUGCUUUGUCCUGGAUGCAGCCAUACAGCUUGGUCUCUUCGAUAUCAUAGCUAAAGCAGGCCCUGGUGCACACCUUUCUUCCUCCGAAAUUGCUUCUCAGCUCAAUGCCAACAACCCCGAGGCACCUUCACUGCUGGAUCGCGUGCUACGACUGCUUGCUUGCUACGAUUUAGUCACCUGCAUAACCCAAAACCUUGAUGGAGAUGGUGAGGUUGAGAGACUCUAUGGACUUGCUCUGCCUGGUCAAGCAUUUGUUCCUGAUGAAAGUAAAGGAUGCUUGGCUGGUUUUGCUAUCACCAAGGCCAAGAUAGAAGCCUGCCUAUACUUGAAAGACAUGAUCCUUGAUGGUGGGAAUGUGUUUGAGAGACUGUACGGGGUGGGAAUGCCAGUAUACCAGUAUAUGAGCUUACACCCAGACAUGGCCAGGAAAUUUGACACCACCAUGACUAAUCUUUCAAAGGUUGUUAUGAACAAAGUUCUGGAUAAGUACCAUGGGUUCCAAGGCAUUACUUGUUUGGUAGACGUUGGAGGUGACUAUGGCGUUUCUCUCAACAUCAUCAUCUCAAAGUACCCUUCUAUCCAUGGCGUUAACUAUGACAUGCCUCAUGUUAUACAAGACGCACCCUCUUUCCCUGGAAUCCAACACAUUGGAGGAGAUAUGUUCUCGAGCGUUCCUAAAGCAGAUGCCAUAAUGAUAAAGGAUGUGCUCCACAACUGGAACGAUGAACGAUGCCUGAAACUGUUGACAAACUGCUACGAGGCAUUGCCAGAGAGAGGGAAAGUCAUUGUGGUGAGUUACGUGAUGAUUGGUGAACCAGAGGCAAGUGAUGGUGCUAAGUUUGUGUGUCAGAUGGACCUCCUAAUGGCACUGCAAGGUGGAGCAAAGCAAAGAACAGAGAACCAAUUCAAGGACUUGUCCAAGGCUGCUGGGUUUUCAGACUUUCAGCUCAACUGUCGUAUUUUCAAUGCAAUUGGUGUCAUGGAAUUCUUCAAAUGAAGUUACUACUCAUUUCCUUUCGUGGCUUUGCUUCUUAUAAGAUGAUACUAUUAAUUUUAAUGAAAAUAAAGAUAUUACGUAUGAAAUAAUUAAUAUUUAUAAAUAAAAUAAUUAAAUUAUUUAAAAAUGUUCAUGAAUAUCUUAUUUGAGUCGAAUUUUAAAUAUAAUUUUCAGAUUCGUGUUUUACAUGAUUUUAAAUAUAAUAUUUUUAAUUUAAACUUAAUUGAUAUCAAUAAAAUUUAAAUCUUAAUUUUGAUUUAUAAAAUAUAAGUAAAAUUUGAUUCGAUUUUAAUUUAAAAUAAUUAUAAUAAUUUGUAAUAAUCAAGUUUCGAGUAUUAGAGUUAUAGAAUUAGAUGCCAGAUAUUACGAACUCUAAGUUAUUUCAUUCAUUAAAAAGAAAAGAACAGGCAAAACUAAAGUGAAAAGGAAAAUGAAGGCAAUGAGUUUAAUCUUGUUGCCCAAGUAAGAUAUCAUUAAUUCCCAUCCCGCAGACAAAGCCAACCUCGAUCCUUGAGCCAAUUUUCAAUGACCCAAAAGACCAAAUCGAAGCUCAUACGUGGCGUGGCUUUUCCGUAAACAACAGGCCAUUAGGCCACCCGUACAGCCUACAUGCCUACGAUCCUUUUCAUCUUCUCCUAAAAAUCACUACUCUCUGCUCUCUUAAACACUAAAACUCCAUUUUUCAAGAAAACCCAUUAAAGUUUUUAGCUUUUUUUGGGAUAUUUUAAGAAGCCUAAACAAUGAAGGGAAGGAAUUUAACCUUAACCAACGAAGACAAUCGAAGGUCCAUAUCACAUGCCUGGGUUUUUCCUUUGUUUUCUAUAUAUAUAUAUAUAUAUAUAAAUGCAAAGUCUCUAACUUGGUUUUGGAUUUUUCAUUAUCUCUUUUGUUUUCUUUCUAUUGUGUGUGUUUUCUCUCAGUUGAUGGGUUAUUGCUAAGGGAGGAAAACAGGGAAGCUUUUGAUAAUGUUGAUGAUGAUGAAGAAGACAAUGGUAAUGGAAAAGACUCCUCCUUUCCUUCAUUUUUAACGUUAAUAAUGCAAAAGAUUCUACCUUUCUUUCGUUCUAACGUUAAUGCAAGCUUUUUUUAAAGUUCUUUUUGGUUGGUAAAUACAGGUCUUUUUUAGUCCAUUAGUUACCAAUUUUCUCUUUGUUUCUCUAUCUCUCUCUCUCUUUAGGUGUAGCAUGAUUUUCUUUUUCUUUUUCUUUAUAAAGAUAGAUUUUCAUUAACAUAUGCUUGUUGAAAGUUUCUUCUUUUAAGCGAAAAGAGUUGGUAGAGGUGAUAAAACCAAAUCUCAGACCAGUUAAUUUGAGAUGUCUUGCAUUUUUAGAUAUAAAGGGGUCUUACUCCUCACUCCUCAAUUUGUUUUAAGUUGCAUGUAGACUUUAAUAUUUAUCACUUCACAAGAGCUGCAUUAUUUUCAAUUCCAUUUUUUUUUUACUUUAUCUCAUUAGCUAGUGUGGUUUAUUUGCUCGUGGUAUUUUGAACUACAAUAAUACUAAAAAUACUUCUUUUGUAUUAUAUAUGGUCAAUUGAUUUGGGUUAUUGCUUCCAUUUUUAUGUUUUGCAUUUCAAUCCUUCCUAAGUGGCAUUUUGGGUUACUUUAGCAUCUGUAUUUAUCACAACUCCUUUUCAAUAGUUUUAGUUGUUAAGUGUACUAUUAGUUUAAUUGUUCAUGAACACUGAUAACUGAAACUGUGUUGAUGGGGAUGAGCAAAAGGUUUGGGUCAAAUUGAGACUGAUAGCAUUAUAGUGUAUGAUAAUGAGGAGGGAGAAGGAGAAAAUGAUCAAGAUGGGCAAGGUAAGCAGAAGAAAGAGAAAAAGCGAAAAAGGUAAACUUUUAAGUCUUAAUGUGUGAUGUGGGUUGAUCUCAAUCUCAUGAUUAUUUUUUCUGGUAAAGUGCUAGUGUUUUUUCAAUUCUCCAGGAGAUCGGUGAAGGAUUUUGUUCAUAAUGAUGAUGAUAUUGAGUUGCUUCAAGAAAACAGAAUCUUACGCAUUUGUCAUUUUCCUAAUGUGAGCAUUCAACUAGUUCCUUUCACUUGAAUUUUCUGUGUUUUAGUUUUAUUUGGAAGAAUGUUUUGGUUCAUUUGAUUUUAUUGCAAGCCCUUCUAUUAUUAGUCGGGGUAGGAUAGUUCUAGCAUUCUUUUGUUUCUUUGCAAUUAAGUAUUUUUUUUUUCCAUUGUUUGAUAUCUAAGCUCCUGCUUGUGUGAGUUGCCAAGUUACACUAUCCAUGAUUUCCCUGAUCAUUUUGGUGGCUGAAAAUUUGCUCAGGAAAGUGAAAAGAUUAAGCGGCUCAAAAAGUCUGAAAAAAGUACUAAGAUGACUGAGCAAUUUGGUGUUUCUGAUGAUGAGGAUAAUUUACUACUCUAAUUGGAUUAGUCUUCUCUUGUUCAACUUAAUUAUCUUAGAAACAGUUUCACUUGGUGCUUGACUCUAAUUGUUGGCAAUUGCUUAGAUGUUUCAAAUUGCCUCUCCUCCCCUCUGGAGAAAGAAAGAAGGAAAAUGUUAUCUAACAUAGUUAAAUAUUAUAGGCCUUUUAUUUGAUGAUAUCUUUGGAGAAGAGGAAGUUGCACAUGAUAAUGAAGAGAAUGAGAUGGCAAAUUUUAUUGUGGAUGAUGGAAUAUCAUAUGGAGAUAGAUCACCUAUGAGGUAUAUAUUGCUCAUCAUGAAACCUUCAAAAUUGCUUUCUAUAAAAGCUUUUGUUCAUCAUUAAGUAUUUCAAGUAAUUUAUUGAUUAUUUAUUUUUUCCCUACUUAUUAUCUGUUUGUUUUUGCAAACAUCUUUGUAGUUGUUUCAAGAUGAACCAAAAGAAGUUGAAGCAAGUGGUAACCAUUUUGUUCAUCUGCAUUAAAUGAUGGAGUCCAAUUAUUGGUGAUGCUAAUGAGAUCUUGAAUCAUUAGAAACAAGUUAUGGCUAUAAAUGUCAAGCUAGAUGAUUCUAGUGAGUUUGAGCCGUUUUUUCUAGCUGACAAGUAUAUGACUAAGAGGGAUAAUCAUGUUAGGGAGACUUACAUGCCAGAAAGGAUGCAGGUUUUGUUUUGGCGCAUGUGAUCCCUUAACAUAUCUGGUCUUACAAUUUGGAUUAAUUUCUCUAUUUAUUCUCCUUAGACGAUCAAGGAAAUUGUUGGACCUCUUCCACUUGAUAAAGAAGAGUAGAGAAGAAGAGAACGUGUGGAUACUUAAUCAACUUGUAAUGAAUUCAGAUUUGUUAUUUUGCACAAAAAAGACUACAGAAAGUUCUGGAGCAGGAUCUAUUCUACUAAACAAAAUAAAGAAGGCAGAUAUAAUGAAGUUUUUGGAAUUGCAUCAUGUGGAGAAGUUUGAUGUAAGUACUGAUUGCUUUGAUACUAAAACUUUUCCCUCUAAGUUUGAUUAAAAUGCACUCUUACAUGCAGGUUUUCUCUCUCUCUCUCUACUAGAUUCCAUUUAUUGCCAUGUAUCGGAAGGAGCAAUGUCUUAGCCUACUGGAUGAUAUAGAGCCAGAUGAGGCUAAUAGCAAAGCUAAUAAUGAUGCUGGACGAGCAUGCCAAUUAAAGUGGCAUAAGGUAGGGUUUUGUUUAAUUUUUUAUUUUAUGUCCAUAGAGGUUGCAUGGAUGCCAUAAUUAACAUCGCCUUACUAUUUGAAAUGGUGCAAUAAAAGGUUGAUUGCCUAGAAUAUAGUCUUAUAGCAUUAUUUGCAGGUACUUUUGGUCAUAAAAGAAUUAGACAGAAAGUGUUUACUUCUUCAGAAGUGUAAAAGUGCUCUUCAGUUGUACCAAAGGAGACGUUAUGAUGAGGAAUGUGUGAAUAUUGAUUAAAAUGAAAGAUAUACAUUGAAUAAGCAAUUAUUCCAAUCAAUCUCAAAGUCUCUCAAUAAAGCUGAAUCAGAGGAAGAGAUUGAUGACGUAGAUGCAAAGUUCAGCUUGCAUUUUCCUCCAGUUGAAGAGAGAAUGGAUGGAAAAUUUAAGAGGCCCUUAAGGAAAUCAUAGUAUACUAACUCCAUGAAGGUUGGCCAAUGGAAGCUAGCUAGCCAGUUUAGGUAUACCUUUGAUCAACUCGGUUUACAAAUUGCUUUAGAGAAAAUGGUAGGUGCAUUGUUCUAAUUAUGUGGGGUGUCUAUAUGUUUAUAGUCAUGUGUGUACGUAUUAAUACUUUUCUGAGUAAAGACCUUGAAUUUUUUUUUCCUGUAUGCCUUUAAGGUACUUAGAUUGCAAAUUGCUUUAGAAAAAAGUGAUAGGUGCACUUUUAUGUAGAUUUGUGCACAUGCAUGUGUGUGUUAUAUAUAUGCAUGUAUGUAAAUAAUUUCUUGAGUAGGGGCAUGAAAUUUGUUCAUGUCUGUAGGGUGUGGAUUUUUAAGAGUAUCCUGAGGAAUCACCAAAGGAGAUAGCUUUAAAUUUUACAUGUACUAUGUUUGAAACUCCAAAACUGGUGCUUAAAGGUGCCAGGCACAUGGUAUGUUUUUGACACUUGUGUCUAAAACUAUCCUUUUUGGGGGUUGUUUUAAAGCUUGUUCUUUCGUUAACUCUUUGUUUGUUGUAGGCUACAUUGGAGGUUAGUUGUGAGCCAUGUAUCAAGAAACACAUUCGUAGUAUUUUUAUGAAUAAAGCUGUAAUCUCAACUAGGCUUCUUCUUGAAGGAAAUGCAACUAUAGGUUGCUUUCAUCAAUUUUUAGGAGUUAAGUAGCUAUGUGACAAGCCUUUUUCUAUAUUCAAUGAUGCUCAAUGGCUUCUUAUUCAAAAGGUUGAGGAAGAGAAGCUCGUUCAAGUUUAUAUAAAAUUACCAAAAAGUAUGCUGAAUGAAGUAAUCAUUGGCUUUAAUCAUGCAUACCUAACUGAUAGUGCUGAAAGAUUUGCUUAUCUUUGGAAAGAACAGUGAAAGUUAAUUCUACAUGAUGCUUUAUUCAACUUUUUACAGCCUUAUAGGGAAAAAGAAGCUCAGAACCUUUUAACAUCUAAAGCAAAACACAUGUUACUUAUGGAAUUUGGGACAGAAUUAUGGAAGAUGAUUUCUAUUGGUCCUUACUUGUACAA